AUGACCGAGACCUUCGCAUUCCAGGCUGAGAUUAAUCAGCUGAUGUCUCUCAUCAUUAAUACAUUUUAUUCUAACAAGGAAAUCUUUCUGCGUGAGCUGAUCAGCAACUCGUCCGAUGCGUGCGACAAGGUCCGCUACCAGAGCCUGACGAACCAGGCUGUGCUCGGCGACGAGCCCCACCUGCGCGUCCGCGUGAUCCCCGACAAGGCAAGCAAGACUCUGACGGUGGAGGACACCGGUAUUGGCAUGACCAAGGCGGAGCUGGUGAACAACCUGGGCACGAUCGCGCGCUCCGGCACGAAGGCCUUUAUGGAGGCGCUGGAGGCCGGCGGUGACAUGAGCAUGAUUGGCCAGUUUGGUGUGGGCUUCUACUCGGCGUACCUUGUGGCGGACCGCGUGACGGUUGUGUCGAAGCACAACGACGACGAGGCGCACACGUGGGAGUCGUCUGCCGGCGGCACCUUCACAGUGACGCCGACGCCGGAGUGCGACCUGAAGCGCGGCACCCGCAUUGUCCUGCACCUGAAGGAGGACCAGCAGGAGUACCUGGAGGAGCGUCGCCUGAAGGACCUCAUCAAGAAGCACUCGGAGUUCAUCGGCUACGACAUUGAGCUGAUGGUGGAGAAGACGACGGAGAAGGAGGUGACGGACGAGGACGAGGAGGCGGCGGCGAAGGAGGAGGAGGCGGGUGAGGAGCCGAAGGUGGAGGAGGUGAAGGACGACGCAGAGGAGGGGAAGAAGAAGAAGACGAAGAAGGUCAAGGAGGUGACGCAGGAGUUUGUGGUGCAGAACAAGCACAAGCCCCUCUGGACGCGCGACCCGAAGGACGUGACGAAGGAGGAGUACGCCGCCUUCUACAAGGCCAUCUCGAACGACUGGGAGGAGCCGCUGUCGACGAAGCACUUCUCGGUGGAGGGCCAGCUGGAGUUCCGCGCGAUCCUGUUCGUGCCGAAGCGUGCGCCGUUUGACAUGUUUGAGCCCAACAAGAAGCGCAACAACAUCAAGCUGUACGUGCGCCGCGUGUUUAUCAUGGACAACUGCGAGGACCUGUGCCCCGAGUGGCUCGGCUUCGUGCGCGGCGUGGUGGACAGCGAGGACCUGCCGCUGAACAUUUCGCGUGAGAACCUGCAGCAGAACAAGAUCCUCAAGGUGAUUCGGAAGAACAUCGUGAAGAAGGCGCUGGAGCUCUUUGAGGAGAUCGCCGAGAACAAGGAGGACUACAAGAAGUUCUACGAGCAGUUCGGCAAGAACGUCAAGUUGGGCAUCCACGAGGACAGCGCGAACCGCAAGAAGCUGAUGGAGCUGCUGCGCUUCCACAGCUCGGAGUCCGGGGAGGACAUGACGACGCUGAAGGACUACGUCACCCGGAUGAAGGAGGGCCAGAAGUGCAUCUACUACGUGACGGGCGACAGCAAGAAGAAGCUGGAGACCUCGCCGUUCAUUGAGCAGGCGAGGCGCCGCGGGUUUGAAGUGCUGUUCAUGACGGAGCCGAUCGACGAGUACGUGAUGCAGCAGGUGAAGGACUUUGAGGACAAGAAGUUCGCGUGCCUGACGAAGGAGGGCGUGCACUUUGAGGAGACGGAGGAGGAGAAGAAGCAGCGGGAGGAGGAGAAGGCCGCGUACGAGCGUCUCUGCAAGGCGAUGAAGGAGGUUCUGGGCGACAAGGUGGAGAAGGUGGUGGUGUCGGAGCGCCUGGCGACGUCGCCCUGCAUCCUCGUGACCUCGGAGUUCGGCUGGAGCGCGCACAUGGAGCAGAUUAUGCGCAACCAGGCGCUGCGCGACUCGAGCAUGUCCGCGUACAUGAUGUCGAAGAAGACGAUGGAGAUCAACCCGACGCACGCCAUUGUGAAGGAGCUCAAGCGCCGCGUGGAGGCGGACGAGAACGACAAGGCCGUGAAGGACCUUGUCUACCUGCUCUUCGACACCGCACUGUUGACCUCUGGCUUCGCGCUGGACGAUCCCACGUCGUACGCCGAUCGCAUCCACCGCAUGAUCAAGCUUGGCCUCUCGCUGGACGACGACGACAACGGCGAGGAGGAGGUGGCGUCCGCCCCUGCCGCCCCCGUGGAGGCCACCGCCGGCACCUCCAGCAUGGAGCAGGUCGACUAG